CUUCACAUUCACUCCAUUUCUCCGUUCCUCUCUGCGUCUCCUCUGAAACUAUCUCCCUCGUUGUCUCACUCACAAUUUGCUGCGUUUCGAAAUCUGCGAUUCUCUCUCGCGAUGAAGAAGUUCCGGAAGCUGUUUCGACGGCAUUCGCGCGUUGCAGACUCCUCGCACUACUUUCUCCUUCUACAGGAGUCGCCGGCGCCGUUGCAUUCGUGUUCUGAAAAGAUUCGGGGAUCGAAAGUUCGAUUAGAGGCCGUGCCGCCGGGACAUCUGCCGGUUUACGUCGGCGAAGUGAUGGAGCGGUUCGUCGUGAGCACGAGGCUGCUGAAUCAUCCGAUGUUCGCGAAGCUGCUCGACGAGUCGGCUCAGGAGUACGGUUACAACCAACAAGGCGCGCUUCGGAUUCCCUGCCAUGUCGACGUCUUCGAACGCGUUGUUGAAGCUUUGCGCGUCGGUGAUAUAUGAAUGUUCGGUUCAAGAUCUUUCGACUCGUAAUCCGAUCGCAUCCUGUACGAAUUUUCAAGGCCGCCUUUCUUUCUUUUUUUUCUCCUUUCUUCGACAGUGAGAUUGCAGUAGGUUUUUGUUUUGGAGCACAAUCGCUGUACUGAAUUUGUAACCGCUCUUAGACUAAUAGCAAUGGAUUCAGAAAGGAGUAGCGUACUGUAAACUUAAAUUUAU